ACAUAGCCCCCCUCUUUCACAAAUCACACACAUAAAAAAAUAAAAAUAAGCAAAGCCUUACGCACCAAGCAAAAAAAAUAAAAUAUAAUCAGAUCUACACCUCCGUCAACAACCACCGUUAUCCAGCGCCGUCGCGUUUCUCAGUCACCGGAAUCUCAUCGGUUAUUUUUACCGGUCCUUGUUUAAUAUGUAUGAUAAUCAUGGAGGGUUACCUGGGGGGCCAAGACCCCCAUCAAACACACCACAAACUCCCUUUGGAAAUCCAUUUUAUGGUGCCAGCUCGGGACUAAUCAGAGGUGGACUCGGUGCGUAUGGAGAAAAGAUUUUAGGUUCAAGCUCAGAGUACGUGCAAAGCAAUAUUAGUCGAUACUUUUCUGAUCCACAAUAUUAUUUCCAAGUCAACGACCAUUAUGUGAGGAACAAAUUGAAGGUUGUCCUGUUCCCUUUUCUGCACAGGGGUCACUGGACAAGAAUAACUGAACCAGUAGGGGGUAGGCUAUCAUAUAAGCCCCCCAUUUAUGAUAUCAAUGCUCCAGAUCUGUAUAUUCCAUUGAUGGCUUUUGGUACAUAUGUUGUUCUUGCUGGCUUCUCAUUGGGACUUCAAGGGAAGUUUACCCCAGAGGCUCUGAACUGGCUAUUCAUGAAAGGAAUAGUGGGUUGGUUUUUACAGGUUUCACUCCUAAAGAUGUCACUCUUUUCAUUGGGUGGUGCAGAGGCACCUCUGUUGGACAUAGUAGCUUACGCCGGUUAUGGCUUCACUGGAUUGUGCCUUGCGGUCCUUGGUAAAAUCAUCAUGUCUUACUCUUACUACUUCUUGAUGCCAUGGACGUGUCUGUGCAUGGGAAUCUUCUUGGUGAAAACUAUGAAACGAGUACUCUUUUCAGAGGUUAGGAGUUUUGAUUCCAGCAGGCACCAUUACUUACUGCUGUUUAUAGCAUUAGCACAGUUUCCGCUCUUCAUUUGGCUCGGAAAUAUUACUGUGAAUUGGCUUUUUUAAAACAUGUAGAAAAAGUGUAUUGCUUUAAGGCUAGUUUUUGAUGUAGUAAUGCCACUUGAGGCAAGCAAAAUAGGCUACUUUUUCAAGUUCUGGUUUUACUUUUUGGAGUGCAUAAUGAAUCUUAUUUAUACAAAAUUGGACGUUUGUAGUGGAGCAUGUAAAAUGAGGCUCUUUGGAUAAA